AUGCUUAUUCUUUGUCUUUCUCACUCGUAAUCUGCUUUUUUUCUUUGUUUUUUCAAAGCUCACCCGUGACAGACAAAAACAGCCACUGCUAAAGCCAUUGAUAUCUGCAGUGUUUUGUUUGUUCUCAAACGUAAGUUCUCCGGAGAAAUGAGUUUGGUAUCGUUCUCCAUUUUCAAUGUACUUUCUUCUUCUGAGCUUCUUAUUCCAUUGAGGUUGAGGUUGAGCUUCUUCUUCUUCUCCUUCUUCACCAGCUUGUUCGUCAAUGGAGGAGGGACAAUCCCGACCACCCUUGAUGGGCCGUUCAAGCCCAUCACCGUUGGUCUCGAUAAAAGCUUUCGAGGUCAUGCCGUGGACUUGCCGGAGUCUGACCCUCGUGUUCAGAGAUUGGUUCGAGGUUUCGAGCCUGAGCAAAUCUCUGUUUCUCUUUCUUCGUCUUACCACUCUGUUUGGAUAUCUUGGAUUACAGGGGAAUAUCAAAUUGGUGAGGAUAUAAGUCCAUUGGAUCCUAAUAGAGUAGAUAGCCUUGUUUUCUAUGGAGUUUAUGGAAAAUCACUCUCUAAGAGAGCAAGAGGCUACUCUCUUGUCUACAAUCAACUCUACCCUUUUGAAGGUCUUCAAAACUAUACUUCUGGAAUUAUACACCAUGUUCGACUCACCGGACUAAAACCAAACACAUUAUAUCAAUACCAAUGUGGGGAUGUUGAAGAAGGAAUAAGUAAUAAUCUCUAUUACUUCAAGACCAUGCCAGAGAGUGGCCCCAAGAGCUACCCAAGCAGAAUAGCAGUGGUGGGAGACCUAGGGCUUACAUACAACACCACAUCAACCAUUGAACACUUGACAAGUAAUCAUCCAGAUCUUAUUCUAUUGGUUGGUGAUGCUUCUUAUGCUAAUAUGUACCUCACAAAUGGAACUGGAACUGAUUGUUACACCUGCUCUUUUCCUGACACUCCCAUUCAUGAAACUUACCAACCUCGUUGGGAUUUCUGGGGAAGGUACAUGCAGCCUCUAAUUUCAAAUGUUCCAAUAAUGGUGAUAGAAGGGAACCAUGACAUAGAAGAACAGGCUGAAAAUCAAACAUUUGUUGCUUACAGCUCUCGAUUCGCAUUCCCCUCGGAAGAGUGUGGAUCAUCAUCUACACUCUACUAUUCUUUCAAUGCUGGAGGAGUGCACUUCAUAAUGCUUGGCGCCUACACUCCAUACGAUCGAACAUCGGAUCAGUACAAGUGGCUGGAGGACGACCUGGCUAGUGUCGACCGAGAAGUGACUCCAUGGUUGGUAGCUUCUUGGCAUGCUCCUUGGUAUAGUACCUACACAUCACACUAUAGAGGAGCAGAGUGUAUGAGAGUAUCAAUGGAAGACAUAUUGUACAAGUAUGGAGUUGACAUAGUCUUCAAUGGACAUGUUCAUGCAUACGAAAGAUCGAAUCGAGUGUACAACUACAAUUUGGAUCCUUGUGGUCCUGUUCAUAUAACAAUUGGUGAUGGUGGGAAUAGGGAGAAGAUGGCGAUCACGCAUGCCGAUGAACCCGGCAACUGUCCAAAACCAUCAGAAACACCAGAUCCAUUCAUGGGUGGCUUCUGUGCUUUUAACUUCACUUCAGGUCCUGCAGCAGGAAAGUUCUGUUGGGAUGAGCAGCCUGAAUAUAGUGCAUACAGAGAAAGCAGUUUUGGCCAUGGAAUUUUAGAGGUGAAAAAUGAGACUCAUGCUCUAUGGACUUGGCACCGUAAUAGAGAUAUGUACAGAGUUUCUGGAGAUGUGAUUUACAUAGUGAGAGAGCCUGAGAAAUGUACUGUUGGACAGGAGUGAUAUAGCAAAAGAUAAAAAUAGCACAAUAAAUAAAAAUAAGUUAUUCUUAACCAAAAGAAGAAAAAAAAUUAUCAUACAGAAAUUUUUGUUUAAUAAAAUGGAAAAAUUAGCCAGAGCAAUUCCUCUGACCUA